GCAGCGAACAUGAAUGCUUCUUUUGUGUCUACAUCGUUGCUUGGUAUCGCUAUAUCCCUGCCCAUUCUGGCGACGAUUUCAGUCAUUCUCAGGAUAUUCGCACGGAGAGCAAAAGGCAAUGGAACUUUCCGCGCCGAUGAUUGGACUAUUCUCGGAACGCUGUUGCUCUGCUGGGGGCACUCGAUAAACACAAUAGUUACUGGAGCCAUUGGCGGAAUCGAUACGAUCACCAUGGCACCACGCGAAUACGCCAACAUUGCGCUUCGGACACUGUGGAUUUCGGGGUUUUUCCUGAUCACGGCACUCUAUACCGUGAAGAUCUCAAUCCUGCUCUUCUACUACCACCUUUUCUCUAUCAACGAGCGUUUUCGCCAGUCUAUCCUCAUCAUGAUUGCCACAAUCAGCGCGUGGUGGUUUUCUUCACUCGUGUGCCAAAUCCUUGCGACGGACCCAAUCGACGCAUCUUGGAAAAACGCCGCCCGCGCAAAACACCGUUUCAACUUCAACGCGUGGUACAUCUCUUACUCCGGUCUAUCGAUCUUCUUCGACAUUGUCGUACUCUGCUUUCCAAUCCCGAUGAUAAAGUCGUUGCACAUCAACACUAAGAAGAAGAUCUCCAUCUUGGGCAUCUUCUGGCUAGGGGGAUUUGUGUGUGUAUCUGCUAUCGUUCGAUUUGUCUUUCUCUACAAUUCCAUUUAUCGCCUCACCUCCCUCGGCCAAAAUCAAUAUAGUUCCAUAACAACAGCAUUUAUUUGGGCUGAGGUAGAACCAAACGCUUCUGUCAUCGCAGCCUGUCUUCCAACAUAUGGACCCCUUUUC